AUGGAUCUUUGGUAUCCGUCUCUAAUAAUUCCAUUAUCAUCUUCUGUUGGUCAAGAAAUUUUUUCUAAGUCACCACAUGUUGCUUAUGAUCGUCUUAAUCCACAUUUUGAAGUACAAGAACGUUUAUCAUAUUGUGGUAUAGCCUGCGCUUCUCUUUUAUUAAACACUCUUUUACCUUAUCAAAAUUGGAGUCAAUCAACUAUUUAUACAAAUGUUGCUCAAAAUCAAAUGUCAAAUGGAAUAACUCUAUCGAAAUUAUCUUAUGCUCUUGAAAGAUGUGGUCUCCGAUCUAUAAUUCAUUAUUGUGAAGAUAAAACUAUUGAAGAAAAAUUUCCUAAUUAUUAA